AUGUCAUUAAGUAAAGUUCCUCCACAAGAAGGUAUUGUUCAUACGUAUGGGUUCAACUUGACAGCUUUUGAAUUCACACCAUCCUCCAAACAAACUACACCAAAUAUCAUCUUGUUCAUUGGUGGGUUAGGAAAUGGAUUAUUGAAUGUUCCAUAUUUGCCAGCACUCGCAGAAGCCACAACCAAAUUCAAAUCUCAAGAUGGUGAAAGUUGGAAUUUAGUGCAAGUUUUACUCUCAUCAGCAUAUUCAGGAUUUGGCACCAGUAGCUUGGAAAGAGACUCGAAUCAAAUUAAAAAAGCAGUACAAUAUUUCCGGUCUGAAACGGGUGGUAAAAGACGCAAGAUUGUGUUGAUGGGUCAUUCGACAGGAUGUCAAAACUCAUUGCAUUACUUGGUAAACGUCAAUAAUAGAGGAGAUCUUCCCGACUCAGCUCAAAUUCAAGGAGCAAUCUUACAAGCUUCAGUUUCUGAUUCUGAAGCAUUCUCAAAUGAUUUAAAGAAGGAGGAGCUCGGUGCUUUGCUAAAGGAGGUGUACGAUGAUUACAUUUCUCAGGGCAAAGAGUCGCAUAUUUUGCCCGAGAAGUUCAGAAAAUUAGUCUUUAAUACACCAGUAACUGCCUACAGAUUUUACUCAUUGACUAGCAAGCGCGGAGACGAUGACUUCUUCUCCUCUUACUUGACUGAUGACGACUUCAAAAAGACAUUUGGUAGAAUUACUGUCCCCUUGUUGGUGUUGUAUUCAGGUAGUGAUCAGUUCGUUCCCUCGUCAGUAAAUAAAGCUGAACUAGUCUCCAGAUUCCAAAGAUCGACCCCAUCUGAAUAUUGGAACUCUAACAGUAAAAUUAUUGAAGGAGCUACACAUGAUUUAGGUGAAGGAUCCCGAGGAGGUGUUUUUGAUAUAUUGAUUGAAUCCGUGACAAAGUUCAUCACUGAUGUGGAAUAG